CGGGGAGCCCGGAGCCCAGCUCCCCCCUCCUUACAGCCGCUUGCUGGGGGGGCUGGGGGCCCCCAAUACUCCGCGGUUCCCUCUCAGUGGGGCAGGCCCCCAGCGCCCUCUAAUAACAUGGCCCUGCUCACCUCGCUACCUGCUGCAGCAGCGACCCUAUAAUAACACGGGCGGCUGCUGGGGUUCCCUGCACAAUGUGGGAGGCCCCCCAGGAUAACCUGGCAACACCCCCCCCCAAAAAAAAUUGUUACCGUGACCCCCUGUCUCUCUUCAGUGCUGAGUUGAUCUCUGAUCAUUUAAAUUGCCAGGAGCGAUCCUGAGCUGUGGCGUAAUGGAGUUGUGGGUAGGAGAGAGGGUGAUGCACAGCAGUAUUUAUUACACGCGCACACACACAUAUCAGUGACCUGCAUGGGGUCUUGCAGUGGAAGUAACAAUGGGGUGCAGAGUGAGUGUUUUGGGGAGGGUUAUUGGAGGAUCAGUGAGAGGAGAGUAACUCAGUCUCCUGUCUGACCAAGUGGGUAUUCACCCGUGAAAGCUCAUGCUCCAAUACUUCUGUUAGUCUAUAAGGUGCUACAGGACUCUGUGUUGCUUUUUACAGAUCCAGAAUAAUAGGACUACCCCUUCUGAUACUCAGUCCCAGAUUAGCUACCUUUUAUUAUUCAUUGCACAGUGUGCUGUGGAGUCUGUGGCAGUUGUCAAAAAGUUGAGUUUACCUGUCUUGUGUUUUUUUGUGAGCUUACAAACAGUGCAUUUAACUCUAUUUGCUUUGUAAUAAAUCAUUAAAAUAUCACUGUUUGUUCCUGGAAUAUGAACAUAGCUUCUCACAUUGUAAACUCUCCUUUUUCUCAGAAGAGGUGAGCAUGGCACUAUAUAAAUAGCGGGUGGCGUAACCAUUUCUGGAGUGUACACAACUCAGUAACUACACUGUGUUCUGAUAGUGAUCAUAAUUGUGGCAUGCAGACUCCAGAAUAAUGCCCAGACCUGUAACACUGUGAUCUGUGGAGAAGUCUGUACUCUGCACAAGAGCUGCAAAUGAGUGCAACUAGAGUAUUAAAAGGCGUGGGGUGGGAUUUUACCUUUGAUUUUAGCUAGCACUUUAGGAAAACAGAUGUGUAAUUAUUGGAAAAGAGAAGUUUAAAUGGGGUAUGUUUAAAAUUCUGCAUAUGAAGCAGAUGUUUUCCACAAAAUGAAGACCAGUCUGUGCUACAGAAAUAACCAUUUCAAAGUCUCUCUCUACAUUACCAGUAUAACUUAGAGGACCCUGUUACAACUUGGUUGUCCCCUGACCGAGUUACAAGAUUACUGUUGCUUGUAGUGUGGAGGAGAACUGUUGAUGUCCCCAAAACUGGGCUAAAGCUUGGUCAGAUUUCAUGAUGAUUUUUAGUGUAUAAUGGACCAUAAAGCCGCAGCUCUGAAACAUGGUUGUGGUGCUUUGUGUGUACAAGAAGCAAAAAAGUUUGUUUAACCUUGUCAGGGAGCCACAGCAGAGCCCUGGUAGGACCACAACCAUACUUCACAAUUGUAUUUAAACAUGGAGAUUUUAAUAGUGUAAAGAGGGCCUGAAUGGAGGGAAGGAGAUAAACAUCCUGAAGAUAAUAGUGUGGACAAACAAACCUCAAGAAAAACAAGGUCUUAAGGGAUGGAAACUCUUGCUGAAUGUAUAGAACAAUUUAGCUGUGGGCAGAUCUACUGAAUCUAGAAAACAACACUAAGGCUGCUGCUUCUGCAGUUAUUGUUAGUACAGCGCAGCAAAGCACUGCAAAUAAAAAUUUGCAUUGUACUUUCUGCAAUGGAACUUUUUAGUGGAUGGGAAACAACUAGAUUAACUUGGAAUUAUAAAUUAAGUGCUUUCCUUCUGUAACUCAUUCUUUAAAAGAUGAAGAUGUACUCUAUAAACUGUCUCUCUUAAAUAAAGUGGUUUGCUUUCUUUUCCCAGAAUGAAUUGUGAGUCUGUAAAAGUGAUAUCAGCAGUGUCAUUAUUUUGUAAGGGCCGGAUGGAGUUGAAAUAGUUUCUGAGGGGGAUGAUCUCGCUUAACUCUUAGAAGAGACAAUGAGAAAUUGCACUCACUUCUGAGGAAAUUUCUUUCCAACAGUUGCUCUUUAUUCUAUUGCAUUCUCCACUGAAGGUGAUGCUUGGAGCUGCAGAAGCUUGCGCCACAAGAAAGCAAUUUCAGAGGCUCCCUGGUUCUUUUUUCUGCCAGUUUCUUUUGAAGUCUAUCAACCCCCUUCUGGUGUUAUUGCAAACAGGGAAUCUGGAUGUUCCUUGAAUUUUGGCAAACACGGGACAUAUUUUUAUUACUUAUUUUUUAUUAUUAUUGCUUGGACUCUGUAGUGGAAAAGGGACAAUGAAUAAGAAGGGGAACCAGAACCCAUAAUCUUAUUUAGCAAUUCAAGUGGAAACAGUAACUGACAUGGUGGUAAAAGUUUUAGAACUUGCUAAAAAUUGUUGAAGAAGAUGGGAGGUGCAGUGAGUGCAGGAGAAGAUAAUGAUGAGUUAAUCGAUAAUCUGAAAGAAGCACAGUAUAUCCGAACAGAGCUGGUGGAGCAGGCAUUCCGUGCCAUUGAUCGAGCAGACUACUAUCUUGAUGAUUUUAAGGACAAUGCUUACAAAGACUUGGCGUGGAAACAUGGAAAUUUUCAUCUUUCUGCACCGUGCAUUUACUCUGAGGUGAUGGAAGCUUUGGAUCUACAGCCGGGACUGUCGUUCUUGAAUCUGGGUAGUGGCACCGGUUACCUGAGUUCUAUGGUUGGACUCAUCUUGGGUCCUUUUGGUGUUAACCAUGGUGUGGAGCUUCACUCUGAUGUUAUAGAGUAUGCAAAGCAGAAAUUGGACUUCUUCAUCAGAACAAGUGACAGCUUUGACAAAUUUGAAUUCUGUGAGCCAUCCUUUGUUACUGGCAAUUGUUUAGAGAUCUCUCCAGAUUCUACUCAGUAUGACCGUGUUUAUUGUGGUGCUGGGGUACAAAAAGAACAUGAGGACUACAUGAAGAGUCUGCUAAAAGUUGGGGGAAUUCUCGUCAUGCCACUCGAGGAAAAGCUGACGAAGAUAACGCGCACUGGUCCUGCUGCCUGGGAAACCAAGAAGAUCCUUGCUGUUUCUUUUGCUCCUCUGAUUCAACCCAUUCAUGCAGAUUCAGGGAAAUCGAGACUUGUUCACUUGCCACCAAUAACUGUCCGCAGCCUACAGGAUCUGGCUCGCAUUGCCAUCCGAGGAACAAUUAAGAGGAUAAUACAUCAAGAAACAAUGAACAAAAAUGGAAAUGGUCUGAAAAACCCCCCAAGGUUUAAACGAAGACGUGUUCGCCGCCGUCGCAUGGAAACCAUUGUCUUCUUGGAUAAAGAAGUCUUUGCCAGUCGUAUCUCAAACCCCUCAGAUGAUAACAACAACUGUGAGGAGAUUGAGGAGGAGAGGAGAGAAGAGGAGGAAAAGGGUAUCUCUGAACUGAAGCCAGACCCCCCUGUAAACUUUCUGAGAGAGAAGGUCUUGAGUCUGCCUUUGCCUGAUCCCCUGAAAUAUUACCUUCUUUAUUACAGAGAAAAAUAAGUUUCUUGUUCAUAGAAAGCAGAAAGGUAGACAUAAAAAUAAAAUACUUCUUAGGGCUUGACAAAUGUGUACCACUUGCUUGCCUGUUAACAUGACCACACAUGGCAGUAGGCUGGCUAGCUGGGGAAUGUGGCUGCUGUAUUUUUAAACAUCAUAGCUUUUUUUAAGUUUCCUCUCCUUCUUGGUUGUAUGCUAGAGUUUUAUCCUGCAGCAGUGUUCCCUUUUAAAAAGCAAGCUGAUGAAGUGCUCAGUUGCUUAGAGAGAGAAGGAUAUCAUUCCCUGAAAACUAACUACACAGAGAUGUCUGUUGAAAUCUCUUGGCUGCAUUUUCACCAAAUUGCAGUUUUAAAUAUUCUGAGGCAGUGCUCUAAAGACUUCAUUGUCCAUGCUCUCCUACUAACUUUGACACGAAUGGAGUACACAUUUGGUUUCAUUUUUAAACGGAGAUAUUGGUAAAAUCUGACCUGGUAAACCUUAUUUGUUCCAGUAAUAUGCAAAAAACACAAACAUACAAAAUCAGACUUCGGUAGUACUUUGAGAUAUCCAGGUUUUGAACAUUGAAGCAAAGCACUGGCCACCUUUUGAUUGGUGGGUCUCAGGUUAUCUAUAAACCUUACUUUUUUUUAGAUUUUGAGGGAAGAGGAAUGUUUGGCAGGGAGUUGGUGUUUCCUUCACAGAAAACAGCUUGUUCUGUAAAAUCCAGUCUGAGGUGAGAUGCAAGCUUUGUAAGGUUUAAAAAGAAAUAAGGAGAGCGAAUUUAAUUUAGAGUUGCUAAACUGAUCCGCUGACUUUCAAAGAUUGCUAGAGUGAUCAGGUUUGUUGCUGUUUCCUCUGGCACCACUUAUAAAGCAAUUCAGAAAAAAAUGGAUGAAGAAAGGACAGACCUAGCGAGGAGCUAAACUAAGACUGGUUCUGAUAGCGCAAUCAACAGACCUUAUGAGUUAAUGUGUGACUGCUGUGCUGAACAUAAUGUAAGGCAGGUAGUCUCAGGCAUUCCUAGCCUGAACUAAAGGAAGUAGCCAGUGUCCUGGGAAGUGAACCAAAUUUUGUUUUUCAGAGGUUGAACAGAAAGUGGAAACAGUCUAGGAAGCCAAAGUGAGUGGUUAUGCUACUGACACAUAAUGCUUAAGUGCCCUGUUUGGGGCUCUGCUGUAGCAAGGAGACUGCAGUGCUGUUCACCUAUACCUUGUCCUUUUAGAUUAGCAGGAACUAGAUUUACAGCCUUACUAGUUCAUUUAAUUUUUAUUUGUUUCUUUAAGUAGCUUGUAUAGAAAGACAAUAACCUGCAGUUUCAUAGAGUAUAAAUUCUAAUCUUUAUUCUCAAGUCUUCCUGUAAUGAAGGUUAGGAAGAGAUUUAUAUUCAUGUGUUGAGGGGAAGAUUGCUUGAUUAUUUUAGCCUGUUUGAAAAAAUCUGUGUACAGUGUUGGGGGCUAGAAGGAAACAAUUGAGGCUGCGUUGAUUUGGAUCACUCAAAGGCUGACUAAAUAAUAAUCCUAUCAGUAGAUAACCCAGCUGUGUUAGAAGGGUAUUUCCUCAUCACUUGCAGUUGGUGGGCUUGAUCUCAUUUGUAUGGUCUCCUCAACUCGCUAAGAGGAGUGAAUGAAGAUUGUUUUGCCAAAACACAUUAACCCAGACUUUGUUACAUGGUACUGAAUCGCACAAUUUGCAUUGUCUGAGUUGUGUGUUUUAAAUCUUGUGCAACACUUUUUGAAAAUGUAGGAAUUAGUCUAAUGUGUCUAAGCAAUGCUUUUAUGCUCGCUCCCUUUUUAAGUCUCCAAAUACCCACUCUGUACUUGUGACAAUUAACAUGUCUUUUUCUAUAAAAUACAAUGUAUGGAUGUCCAAUAAAAUCCCUGUGAACUGCAUUUGUUGUGACCUCAGAGGAUAUUAUUUUUAACUGUUAAACAUUCGUGUUCCAUGUUUGUCAUCGAUAUAUGCCUUUCUCUCCAGUGGCAAGACAAUUUUUCACCUUUUGAGCAGCCUCUCGAUUUGAGCUACCAAUUCCCCCUCCUAUUUAUUAAUUGCAGGCCUUUCUACAGAUAUCGUGUAGAAGUCUCCUAUUUUUAAAAUAGUCAAUAACAACUUGAAGUGGAUAUUUAUAUGAAUAAUCCUAUUUGUUGCUUGUGUUACUUUAUCUUUGCAUUUGGCACUGUUUGAUUUUUUUUCUAUAACUAUAAAAAAUAUUUUGUCAGAUUUUCACCAGAUUUGCCUUUUUUAUUACAUUUGCUAGAUUUUGUAGGGCUCUUUAAAAUGCAUAGAAAAAUAUUUUUCCUGUGUAUGCCUGAAUACAGUAAAUAUACACACAAGCAGUUUGAGUUCUAGGUUGUCAGUGUCCCAUUGUCAAAAUAAAAAACAUGGUAGAAAGUCUAUAUGUGUAAUAUAACUGUGAAAUAGUGUAGUUUAUAGCCUGUAAAUAAAGGGGAAUUGUAAAUAUGAUUUUCCCUGUGCACAAGCACUUGCACUGUAGUUUAGUGCAGUAGAUUUGUGUGUUUACUAGAUUAACUGUAGCAUACUGUGGUUUUUUUUUGUAUAGUCUAUAAAUUUUAUGGAAAUAUUACCUGCUUUUCUGAUGACUGUUUUUCCAGAUAGUCUGCAUUUUAAAUGCAUGUGACUUCUUUGUAGAUUUUGAUAGAAUAGUAAGUACAUAAGGAAACAAGCUUCAAACUGUUGAAAUCUUAAGUAUGCAAAUUGAAAAAUAAGUGUGUAAAGCAAUUUUUGUCAUUUCUAAUCUCAUGAGGCAUGCAAAAAUGUCAAACAAUUGAAAACAAUUUUAUUAAAAUGAGUUUCUAUAUCAAUAAAUGCAGUAAUGACUUUUUA